AUGAAGUUCAACCAGCUCGCCUCGCCCGCCUGGGCUCUCCUGCUGUCCCAAGCUGCAGCGAAGCCCUGCGCCGAGGCAAAGAUCGACGUCGACGUUGCCAUCAUCGGCGGCGGCAGCGCCGGCAUCCACGCCGCGAUCCAGCUCAAGGACGCCGGCGCCAAGAUCGCCGUCAUCGAGAAGAAGUCGCAGAUUGGCGGCCACGCCGAGACCUAUAUCAACCCGCAGACCAAGAUUCCGGCCAACGUCGGCGUUGUCCUCCUCGAGAACAGGGAGAUUGUCAGCAACUACUUCUCCCGCCUCAACGUCUCAACCAUCAAGGCCAACCCUCUCACCAGCGCCACCGCCGGCGCCUCGAAAAGCUACGACUUCUCGCUCGGGUUUCCUAUCCCUGCGCAAAACGCCUCGGCCUCGGCCGCGCAGCAGCAGGCACUCCAGGCCGCCGCGCAGGCCUACUCGACCAACGUGUUGGCCAAGUACCCCUGGAUCGACCAGGGCUUCCUCGUUCCCGACCCUGUGCCGGAGGAACUUACGCUCCCCUUUGCGGAGCUCGCUCAAAAAUACAACUUCACGGCGCUCCUGACCGUCAUCGCCCAAUUCAACUGGUGGACCGGAGACAUCUCCACGAUCCCGGCGCUGUACGGCAUCAAGGGCCUCGGACCCGGUCUGCUCCAGAGUCUCUUUGGCGAGUUCAUCCUCUCCGGCAACGGCGACACCAGGGCCCUGUACGACGCCGCCGCCGCGGAGCUCGGCGACAGCGUCCUUCUCAACUCCGACGUCCUUAAAGUGAAGCGCGACGUCAAGAUCGACAAGGCCACCACCUCGGGCGUCACCGUCCUCGUACAGCAGCCAGGCCAACCCAAAAAGCUCAUCCGCGCCCGCAAGCUUCUCAUCGCCAUCCCCCCUAUCCUGGAGAACGUGGCAAAGUACGACCUCAGCUCGGACGAGCACGCCCUCUUCUCCAAGUUCUCCGCCCUCGGCUACUGGGCCGGCGUCGCCACGAUCCCGGGCCUCAACACCAGCCUCACCAACGUCGGCGUCCAGACCCCCUUCAACCAGCCCGUCAUCCCCGGCACGAACGGCUUCAACACGGCCGGGUCUCCCAAUGACUUUCUCGUUGCCGUCGGCUUCCAGGAUACGAACUACUCCGAGGCGGAUGCCAAGGCCGUCCUCGUCAAGAACCUGGCUACGCUGGCUGCUGUCGGCGCCGUGCCCAAGGACGCGGCCCAGACGGUCACGUUCCCCUAUGUUUCGGACCACAAGCCCUACAACGUCCGCGUCUCGACUGAGGAGAUCAAGGGAGGGUUCUAUGGCAAGUUGCUUGCUCUGGAGGGCGCGCGUAACACGUACUGGGCUGGCGCGACUUUCUCUGGUCAUAACAGCGCGCUGGUUUGGUCAUUCAACGAGGGGACGGUUCUGCCAGGCCUGAAGAAGGAUCUUGGUCUGUGA